UAUUGUUUGGUUGGUCGGCUCGAUAGGUAGGAAAGACGCGGAGCGCGGAUCGUAUUUUGUUGCGCGCCAACUGCCACCAGUUGCUUUCCGUCGAGACAGUUGUCGAGUUCCCAAACGUGCACAUAGAUCAAGUUUUAGUCAGUCAGGCAGUCGAUCGAGUCGAUCCAUUCACUUCCUACGGACGGUAUUAGAUCGACGAUUUCGGUACGGAUGUCGUUGUGAUGUGUUUGCGGCUACUUUUCGAACAAAUCGAUCCCUGACUCGACUAGACUUUCAGACACCCCAUUCUUAUUUGCGGGGAGCGAUUAUCGAGAUACGAAAUAUUCGAGUUCGAGUAGAACACAACUUACAUUUAGUUUGUGUAUUGUGAUUAAGUUCGUUCUUGGGAUUUUGAUAUCACCUUGUGUCAUCUGAAGAUGUUAGCAGUAGCGAUGGUGUCUUGAGCGAGAGAAAGCUCAGAACCACGCUUUCGAUUUUACAGCUACACAAUUGAAAGAAAAAUGAAGAAUAAACCAAAGAAUUGUAGUUUCGCCGUAUAGCAUCCAAAAGAUCGAAAAAAAUGAAGUGUGUAUAUUCUUUGAUAUCAUUAAAAUGUAUCCUCUUUUUAUUUUAUGGGGCAAUAGGAUGUCUUUUUCCGUUUCUUCCCCUUCACAUGCGAGCGAAAGAAUUAAAUGUAGAAGAAUCGAAAACGAUAUCGUUAGUAGCUCCUUGUGUGGCACUUUUAGGUCCUCUUAUUGCAGGAAUAGUAGCUGACAGAUUAGGAGCUAGCUCAAGUAGUAACAAAAAAAAUUCAAAUGGCAGGUACCUGCGGAUAAUGAUUGCCAUUUGUUUCAUCCUGGCCGCUAUUUUUUAUUGGUUACUCGAUUUAGUACCUAGGAUCUCGAAAGCUCCGCCAGCUGUCUCUUUUGUUUGUGAUCCAGCUGGAGGAAACGUCCUUCAGGAAAAAUGUGGCAUCGAAAAAACAUGUCACGAGUGGAAUCCGGAAAAGUUUGCCUCUCUGUUAGUUACGAAUUGUACAUUUACCUGCAAAAACUCGUUCUUUACAUUAAGUGAUAUUACUCUCGUUUCUCCUGAACCGGAAACAAGUGCUGCUGACGAGUACGAUGGUUACGAUUACGAUGAAAGUCACGUUAUAAACGCGGAAUACGGACCCGAAAACAUCAGAAGCGGAAAUAAAAAUUUCAGUGCAGCGCUGGUUCCCCAUCCACAUUUAUGUUACGUAACUCAAGACAAAACGGCUGUUUGCGAAGUGUUUACACGGUAUUCUCAUCCGAUCGAUUUGAAAAUAAAUUUAAAUCCUUCUUCAAAUGUCAACGUUCAGGACGAUAGUAACAAUGAAACGGAAAUAUGUUCAUACCCUAUAGGGAGCAACUUCCACUGCCGAAUUCCGCCCGAAGUUCAUAAAAAUCUUACCGAACGAAGUCCCACUUGCCAACCUAUCGUGAAAUGUAACAUAGCUCAACCCUACAACGCUAGUGUCAGCAUUCUGACCGAGUCCGAAUGCGGAUACAACAACAGCGUCCAAAGCUUUUGGAUUUAUCUAUUAAUCCGAUCAGUAGCUGACAUUUUUCCUGCUGCAGCGGUGGCGUUACUGUCUGCAGCAGUGGUGAUAGCUACUAGGGAAACGUCUACCGGAAGGGGAGACGUUGGAAAACAACUGGCCUGCGGUGCCCUGGGACUCGCUAUAUUUGCUCCCAUCGUUGGAGCUAUAGACAGCCCCCAAACGUCGUUAAUAUUGUUCUCAACUUUGUUAACAUUAGCUGCAAUUAUUGCGUUGUUGGAUGGAAAAAUGCCCUUAAGUCCUCCAGAAUGGUGGUGGCACACCCGCUGUGGACUUGUAGCACUGCCCUUAUCAUCUAUAAAGAAAUAUAAUCUAGAGACUGCCGGUUUAGCUUUCGUCCUUUUUCUGUUAGGUGUUCUUUGGAAUGGUUUAGAUUCGUUUAUGCCAUGGCAUAUUGCAACACUUCAAGGUGAUACUUUAAUCAUCGGUUUGACAAUAACAGUGGGAGCUUUGCCUGCCGUAUUGUUUUUACUGUUUGCAGAAAAGGUGGUAGAUUAUUGCGGUCAUACAAACCUUUUAAUCGCAUCAUUCUGCUUCUACAUCAUUCACUACAUAGGGCUUUAUGUAGUUGAAAAUGCAUGGUGGAUUUUACUGUUUGAAGCGCUCGAAAUUUUCACGCUUCAUCUCAUGUAUGCUACAGCCGUAAUGUACCUGAGACAUCUCGUUCCAAGGAAAUUUACUGUUUUAGGGCAGGCGAUACCCGUUAUCGUUCAUUUUUGCUUAGGUCGAACCAUUGGUGCAUUAAUAGCUGGAUAUCCGUAUGAGACCACUUAUUACUAUUCUCAUCGAGAAAUGCACGCUGGUUUUGCUAUAGCUGCAGCAAUAAUUGCUGUAUUGUACUUUUUGAUUUAUCACUGCUAUUUGAGACCGAAAUAUGCAGCUCCAUUAAAAGAACCACCCCCAACUACUCCGCCUGCACUUAUACAGACUAUGAAUGGAAAUGGAUCAUACACACCACUUAGAGUUUAUCAUAACGGCCGGGCGAAGAAGGGUCAAUUUCGUUAUUAAAAACCAUUUUCACCCCAUUGUGUGUUUUACAUUAUUAAUGAAUGAGAAAAUAGAAUUAGUUUUAUAAGUGUAAAUGUAAUUUUUUGAGAUGUCAAAGUUUACAAUUUUUUAUCACGAUAACUACGGGUAAUGCAUCGUUUUUUAUAUCAUUACCGAAGCUUUCAAGUCAUAUUGUACACACCUAAUAUAAUGUUUUUUUUUUGUAAUUUGUGCAGCUGUUUUUUAUUUUUAAGUUGUAAUUUUUACAGACAAGCAGCUUUAUAAAAAAUUUUUUAGAGUUAUAUCUUGUUGUAAUUGUACUGUAUUUAAUAAAUGUUUUUAUAUGUACACAUAUUACAAA